GGAAAAACAGGACCUGGUGAAGAAAAAAAAGAGGCCCGGCCCCCACAUCGCCGCCGGAAUUACGGGCGUUAGCACCGUUUGCGCCCCCGUCGGGAGUCGGGUUUAGGCGCCUCUUUGGAGCCCACCGAGAUGGCGACGGGGUGCGUUAGCUUUUUAUAACCUUGGUGCCGCCCCAGGGCGCGCCACAACUUCUCCCCCAUCCGUCUUUCGUUCCCUCCGUCCCCAUCCCGCGCUCGUUCGUCCUCCAAGGACAAGCCAAAGGCUCGAGCCACAUCCGUAUCCCCGCCCCACGAAGAUCUCCUGGAGAAACUACGAUAGCCGAGACUCACGGGAGCCGAGCAUGGAGAAGGACACCGCGUCCGGGCAGGACAUCGAGUCGGGCAACGGCCCCAGGGUGCUCCCGCACUGGAAGAUUGUCACCGACAAGGCGUGCGUGACGCCCGAGGUGCUCAAUUGGCCAUAUGCUGGCGAAGGCACUGAGGCGUCGCCCUACGUCGUCAAAUGGAUCGACAAUGACCCCAGGAAUCCGACACUUUGGUCCGGCUCCUACAAAUGGGCGGUCACGCUGACCAUGGCCUUCUCGACGCUGGCCGUGUCGUUUUGUUCUUCAGCAUUUGAAGGCGGUAUCGCUGGUAUGAUGAUGCAAUAUGGCAUGAGCCAAGAGGUUGCCAUUUUAGGUCUUUCGUUCUUCGUCCUUGGAUUUGCGCUCGGUCCUCUUCUCUGGGCGCCAUUCAGCGAACUUUACGGCCGUCAGGUCCUUUUCAUUGGCACCUUUGCCAUGUUUUCGUUUUUCAAUGCCGGAGUUGCUGGAUCUCAAAACACUCAGUCCAUCCUCAUCUGCCGGUUCUUCGCUGGUUCCUUUGGAUCAUCUCCCAUGACCAACGCCGGUGGUGUUAUUGCCGAUAUGUUCAAUGCCAAACAGCGAGGUCUGGCCAUGAGCAUUUUCUGUCUGUGUCCAUUCAUGGGGCCCGUGCUCGGACCCAUCGUGGGCGGAUUUGUCGGAGAAACCGUGGGAUGGCGCUGGAUUAUGGCUAUCAUGGCCAUAUUCAGCGGUGUGCUCUGGAUCUUUGGUACCUUUAUGAUCCCGGAAACCUACGCCCCUGUCCUGUUGAAGGCGCGCGCGGCCAAACUAUCUCAGAUGACCGGAAAGGUGUACAAGAGCAAAAUGGAAGUCGACCAAGGUACCGUUACCGUCGGUGAGGCCUUCAAAACCAGCUUGUCCAGGCCUUGGAUCCUGUUAUUUAUGGAGCCUAUUGUGCUAUUACUAAGCAUUUAUAUGGCAAUUGUCUAUGGUACUUUAUACAUGCUAUUCGGAGCCUUCCCCAUAGUCUACGAGCAGUCUAGAGGCUGGUCUGCGGGUAUCUCUAGCCUGGCUUUCCUCGGUGUCGCCAUCGGCAUGGUCGCUUCCGUUUUAUACAUCAUUUUCUUUGAUAACAAACGGUAUGCCAAGGUUUCCGAGGAAAAUGGUGGCUUUGCUCCUGCCGAAACCCGUUUACACCCUGCUAUCAUUGGCGGCAUUUCGCUUCCGAUUGGCCUCAUCUGGUUUGCUUGGACCAACUACCCUACAAUGCCAUGGGCUGCUAGCAUCGCUGGUGGUAUUCCGUUCGGCUUCGGCAUGGUUCUGGUCUUCCUGUCGAUCAUGAACUACUUGAUCGAUGCCUACACCAUCUUCGCCGCGUCCGUGUUGGCCGCAAACUCGGUAUUGCGUUCUAUUUUUGGUGCGGUUUUCCCACUGUUUACCACAUACAUGUACAUGGACCUCGGUAUCCAUUGGGCCUCGAUGAUACCUGCUUUCCUGGCGCUUGCCUGCCUGCCGGCUCCCUUCCUGUUUUACAGAUAUGGUGCAGCCAUCCGCCAGAAGUGCAAGUACGCUGCGCAAUCCGAGGCUUUCAUGCGGAGCCUUGCUGAAGAACAGGCGACUCAGCCCAACUCGGAAACGACCAAGGCAGACGAGGAUGCACUCAACCACAUCGGGGAGGACGAGCAGGUCGAUGAGGCGCGGUACGUCGAAUCGAAGACGGCCUCGACGUCAGUGCGGGGAACGACAUCGGAGAAGGUGCAGGAGGAAGAGGAGGAGAUUGCCGAGGACACGGGCGAAGAUUCUGACGUCGAAGGGGGACGGUUUGCGAGGAUCAAGACGGCUGCGUCGGCAAGGCGGACGUCGGUGACGUAUGAAGAGAGUCCGUUCGACAUUGACCGCGUACACACACGCGAAUCGUUCAACUCGAGCGCCAAGAGCCACCGCACGGGCCGGCGGAGCUUGGCCAAGACCAUCAGCAAGAUCAGCAGGAAGUGAAAGAAGCAAAAGCUGUGUUUUUAUAGAGAGGGGAGAAAAACAUGACGAGACGACCUAGAUAUCCAGAGUAACCUUAAGUUUUAAUGCUAGAGUUUAAUGCCG